AUGAAAAGUAUUCAACAACCAAGUCAAGUCUCUUUAGUUAAUAGAUAAUUCUCUCUUCAAAAAGAUAUUGGAAAUUUUACAAUGUAAUCUCCAGAUAAAUAAAUCUAUUGUCCUAAAACAUCAUCAUAAGCUAAAAUAUUAACAUAUGGCCAUUCUCCUUAUAUGUAAUCACCCUUGUUUGAUGGAAAAUGUAUAAACUAAAAUAAUAUUACAAUUUAAUUAUCUCCACCUUAAAAAUUAGAGAUUUCCUCUUAAUACAAACUUAAUACAAAGACUUUGAGUCAAAAUUAUGAUGUACUUAAACCAUAUAAUCAACAAGAAACAAUAAAAACAUAAAAUGAUUUGAAACCAAAUUAUGGAAAAUGUAAAUAGGAAAAUCAUAAAACACAUGCAAACUUUUAAUGUGAAAUCAAUAAAGAUACUACAACAGAUAGAAAAAGUAAUACGUUUAAAAAAAAUGAAACUAUUUUAGAAAGUAAAGAAAAUUAUGGAUUAACUACAAAAUCUCCAAUUAUUGAUCAUCAUAAUACUGUGGGAAAUAGUAGGUUAUCAUCUUAAAAUUUUGGAUUUUUAUAAUAGAAACCAAAAAUAUCAACAGAAAUAACAAAGAUUUCUGGAUAAUUAAGAGAUUUGAUGUCAAAUGUUUAAAGAUUUGUUAAUAAUGGUAAAAUGCCAGAUAUUAUUAAUGAUAAAAUGAUUGAAAUAUUAGCUACAUUUAGAAAAGUUGAAGAAUUAUCUAAUGUUGAGCCUAAUGAAAAUGAAUCAAAAACAUUAAAUAUGGCAGAAGAUUAUAAUAGACUUAAGACUAUACUUGAAUAAUUAUAAAUAAAAAUGACUGCUUUGGUCUAAGAGAAUUAAAAAGUAUUUAAAAAUAUUAAUCUCAUAGUUAAAUAAAAAUUUGAUUUAACAAGAAUAAAAAGUAAAUGAAGAAUAAAAUAAAAGACUAUAAGCUGAAGAAAAAGCAAAUUAAACAAAUAAAGAAUUCAAUAGAGUAUUUGAAUGUUUACAAAUAAAUUAAAAAGAGAAUGAAGAACUCAAGAUGAAAUUAUAAUAAAAAGAUUCUGUUAAUAGUUUAAAGAUUUAUCAAAACAACAUCACUAAUGAUGAUAUACAGGAUUAUAAACAAAGAAAUUUAUAAUUAAAAAAAGAUUAUGAAUAAUUAGAAAGUAAAUAUAAGUAGUUAUUGUCUGAAAAAGCAAAUUCAAAAGAAUUACCUAAAUCUCCUUUAAUAAUGAAAUCAAUUCAUUCAAGUACUUCAAAAUAAUAAGAAUAAUUAGAGCUUAAAUUAUUAUAAUUAUAAAUUGAAAAUGAUAAUUUAAAAGCAGAUAUGGCUCAUAAUUAAGUUGAUUCUAAGGCUAUUGAUAACAAAAAUGAAAUGAUCUAAAAGUUAGAUGAAAAAAUUAAAUCUAUUUUAAAAGAAAAAGCAAUUUCUGAAGAAUAAUAAAAUUAGAUUUGUCAUAAUUUAGAAAUCUUAAAUGAAUAAUUAAAGAAUACAUUAUUAGUUAAGGAAAAUGAGAUUUCUACUUAAUUAAAAUAAAGAAAUGAAAUGGAAAGAGAAUUAAAAGGAUAGAUUAAUAAUCAUACUCAAUAAUUAAAAGUAUUGGAGGAUAAAUUAUAAGUCUCAAAAUAAGAUUAUUAAAAAUUGUUAGAUGAAUUUAAAUCUAUGGAUAUUAGAAAGAAUAAAAUAUAAGAAGAAUAUAAAAUAAAUGAAAAAAAGCUAGAAAAAUUAAAUUAAGAGAUUUAGUUUUAAAAUUAAGAAUUAAAAAAAACUCUUGAGAAUAAUAAAACUUUAAAUAUAAAAAAUGAUUAAAUAAAUCAACAAUUGUAAUAGUAAAAUAAAGUAUAAUAAUAAUUACUUCAAUAAAUUGAAGGGUAAAAAUAAACUGAAAAUGCUUUAAGGAUAGAAUGUGAUAGAUUAAAUAAAAUGAAUUAAGCAACUCAAUAAGAUAUGAAAUAUCAAGUAACAGAAUUAAAUGAGAUGAUUUAAUUAUAAGGAAGAAGAACUCAAGAGAAAGAAAAUUAAUUAAAUGAAUUACUUGAAGAAAUGAGAGAUAUGAAGGAUUAAUAUGAGAUAUAAAAGAAAGUUUGUUAAGAAAGUAUUAAUGAUUUAGAAAGAAGAUUAAAUAAUUCAAAAUUAUAAAAUGAAGAACUAUUAUAAGUAAAAGAAUAAGAAAUUAUAGACUAUAAAUUAAUAAUGGAAUAAUAAUUACAAAUGCUUGAUAAAAGAAAUGCAUUAUCAUCUUAUGAUUUUGAUUAAAGGGAACAAUAAUUUUAAGUUGAAAUUCAAAGUAAAAAUGAGUAAUUAGAUGUAUUAAAGUAAGAACUAGAAAAAAUAAGAAGCUAAAGCUUUAAUACAUAAGAAGAAUUAUUAAAAAUUGGAAUUUAAUAAAACCAAAAUUAAGCUACUAUAAGUAAUUUAAGAAAUGAAUUAAAUUAAUCAAAAUAAGAAUAAUAACACUUGAUUGAAAUGUUGAAGAAGAGAAAGGAAGAAGUAGAAUAAUUACAUUUUAGUUUAGAAGAAAUGAGAAAAGAAUAAUAAAAUAAAAAGUAACAACAAGAUGAUAAUAGAAGUAAUUAAUUAUAUAAAUUUAUAUAGGAUCUAUAUAGAGAUAGUAAGAUCUUCAAAUUAUAAUUGAAAAUCUUUAAAAAGAUAAUAUAAAUCUUUAGUAAAAAUUAAAUACUUUGUAAAAUGAAUAUAAUAGAAAAUAAAGGGAAUUAAAUGAGAAAAAUGAUGAAUUUUUAAAUAUUAAAAGAAAAUAUGAUGAAACAGUUUAGAAUUUAGAGAGAUUAGAAAAAAGAUGGGGUGAAAAAAUUGAUUAACAUAGAAGAAUUUGA